AUGAAGUCUGUAAGGCGCCACUUACGUUGGUUGCGGAACAUCCCGGCUGCUCUUUCUUUACAUCGAGAAUUACAGUGCCACAUUAUCAAAAAAGAAGAAAUGCGUUCAGUCCCGUUACGUUCUUUCAGCGAUUUCUUAGGUUCAGAUGCUCGUUUCAGUGUUCCCAGAGAAAGUAAAUGGAAUGAAAGAAUGAUUUCAAAUUUGAUUUACUAUCAGUCAAAUUACUUCUUAAUGAGUAUGAUUAUAAUCCUAUUGUUGAGUGUUAUUAACCCAAUCCCAGUUCUAAUAGGAUUUGUUUUAUUAUGUUGUCCUUUGUUAAUUCUUCUCUUCUUGGACACAUCAACCCUUAAUACUAUAAAUCAACCGAAAAUACUUUUACCUGUUUGUUUCAUCAUCUCAUUGAUAUUGAUUCGUUUUAUGUCUGGAAUUAUAUUGUUCUUCUGUAUCCUGUUGGUACCCAUAUUGAUAAUAUGCCUUCAUGCUCUUUGUAGACAACGUAAUUUAAAGAACAAAGUCUGCAAACUUGUAGAAUCAGUUCGAUAUGGAGAACAGAAAACAUUGAUGGGAUAUGUAUUGGAGGUGUUUGGUGUAGAUGUACGACUUCUAACUGUUGAUAGCAACUAA